AUGACGGCCGGAAUUGGCGGAGGUUCGUCGGAAAGCCAGGUGUCACCGAACAGCGCUUUGUCGCCGAUAAAAAGUAGUAGCAGCACAAGUGGUGGUGUUUCGCGUCCAAAAGGCGGUGAUGCGCAUCACUCGGCGGGAAAGCCGGUGGUUAUUCGGAAGCGCGGUGACGCCUUCGACGAUUCGCAGCUAUUUCCGCCCGCACGAGAUUCACCCUCGCAUCAAUCUGACUUCACCCCGCGCCGCUCCUUGGACAUUUCAUCCACCAACCAAUCACGACCCGCGACAUCCGACCUGGCGCCGGCUCCACCCAUCGGCUCAGCAGCGCGCCGAUUGUGGGCAGGCAAUGACACGUCAGCAGCAGCAGUAACAGAACCGCGCGGCCAAUCAGCAUCAUGGGUCAACAACCUGGGAUCCAAACCGGACCAGCUUCGGAACCUCUACCCGCACUUCAGCUCCCAGGGAAUCCACUUCAGCUCCUCUCACGAAUCCCAAGACUGGUUGCAGAUUCAGGCCGAGCAGCAGAAGAAAGAAUCAAAAGAAGCGAAAGAAUCUAAACAGGCGAAAGAAGCGAAAGUGGCUUCGGGAAGAUCGGAGCAGAAAAUGAAGGUCAUUGGUAGACGCUCGUUUGACAGCGGCAGACCCUCGUCAGCUGGGAAAGGGCCCUGGGACUCUCCUGCUGCUGACGGCAAUUCCCAGAGCGGGAGGCUCGGCGAUGGGAGGUCCGGCGACGGGAGGUUCGGCGACGGGGGGUUCGGCGACGGGAGGUUCGGCAGCAGCAGCGCGAUUCUGCAUGAGAGAGGGAGUGAGGCGAGCAGGAGCAGGGGAGGGGAGGCGAGCGGGCGGGCCGGCAUAGUCCAGAGGAGCAGAACGAGAGACAGCAUCACGGACUAUGAACCUAGUCCUGUUGGCAGAGCCGAGGGCUUUCAAGUGUACGAGAGAGGGGCUGAGGCGAGCAAAAGCAGGGGAGGGGAGCCAGGCGGGCUGGGCGGCACAGUCCGGAGGAGCAAUACGAGAGACAGCAUAACGGACUAUGCACCGGUUCCCACAGGCAGGACGGAGGGCUCGCAUGAGAGGGGUGUGUAUGAUAUCGCGCCUGUGAGCCGGAGAGUGGGCGGGAAAGCGGCGUACGAGGGGAAAGCGGUGAAUGAGUUCAUUCCUACAGGCAGAGCGGUUUUGCAGAGGAAUGAAACGGAUCCAGCAGAGAGAACAGAGCGCUUGCAAGCAGCGGGUGAUGCGGCGGGUACAGGCCGAGGAAGGAGCGAGCCGGAUUAUGGACCACCUCCCAUCAUCACCCGGAGUGGUGGCUUGCAGGGUGUGGGUGGAGGGGUGGAGGAGAAGGUGCCACGUAACUCGUCCCUUUCCCCCUUGGCUUCAGCCAGGGUAGCUGCAGCAGCAGCAGCAGCAGCAGCAGGCGCAGCAACAGCAGCAGCAGCAGCAGCAGGAGGCGCAGCAACAGCAGCAGCAGCAGCAGGCGCAGCAACAGCAGCAGCAGACGCAGCUAUAGCAGCAGGAGCAACAGCAGCAGCAGGAGCAGCAGCAGGAGCAACGGGAACAGCUGCAGGGCGCGUGAGAGCGGUUGGGGGUAACUCGCAGGGCAGAGGCACCAACAGCAGUGGGACCGUGACAGGCGCACAGGGAGGCGAGGCAGGACAGGGAAGCCCUUCUUCUCUCCCCACAGCAGAAGGCCUUUCACCUCUCCCCACAGCAGGGGCCGCAGUGGAAUGCCGCCAGUUUUCCCCGGACCAGCUCACCCGAGCCACCAACAACUGGGCGGCGGAGAACAGACUCGGCCGAGGCUCGUUCGGCACGGUCUACAAGGGGCGGCUGCUAGGCUGCAUGGUGGCAGUCAAACGGCUGGAAGGCGGCGGGUGGCAGGGCAGUGCGGAGUAUAGAAUGGAGGUGGAGGUGUUAUCUAGAAUGCGCCACCCGCAUAUAGUGCUGCUCAUGGGUCACUGCCCUGAUGAGAUGAGCCUCGUGUAUGAGUACUUGCCUGGAGGGAGCUUACAGGACUUUCUUAAUGUGAUUGCUGCUGGGAACAGCAAGGGUGGUGGUGCCGUUGGUGUGGGUGGUGCUGGUAGUGCGGUUGGUGCAGGUGGUGCGGGUGGUGGGAGUGGGGGAGUGGGGAGCGGCCGGGGUGGGAGAAAGCCGUUGACUUGGUUUGACCGGGUGAGAAUCUUAUCUGAGGUGGCCGGGGCGCUGAUGUACCUCCACCAGAAUGACCCACCCAUAGCGCACCGCGACUUAAAGCCCGACAACAUCCUCCUCGAUACAAGCCUCGCCUCUAAAGUGGCCGACGUGGGCCUCGCGCGGUUACUCAGCGACGUGGAAAAUGUAACCGCGCGGGUGAGAGGCACGGUGGGGUAUAUAGACCCGGAGGAGCUUGAGACUUGUGAAAUCUCGGUUUUAUCGGAUGUGUAUGCGUUUGGGCUGAUAGCGCUGCAGCUGCUGCUGGGUGAGCCGAAUGUGAAGGAGUUGCAUCGGAGGCUGGGGAGGAUGCAGGAGUGGAUAGGGAAGAGCAUGGGUGGGGUAGGGUUGGGAGGAGUGGGCAUGCGUGGAGGUGGGUUUCAAUCGGUAGAGAUGGAUAGUACGAGGGUGCUGGCUCGGACUGUUGAGGAGAUUGUGAGGGAGGUUGAUGGUUCGGGGGGCCAGUGGCCCUUGCCUGUGGCUCGGAAGCUGACGGAGCUGGCGCUUCGGUGUGCGGUUCGGCAGCGGGAGGCUCGCCCGAGCCUGGUGGAGGUGGUGCAGCCGGCGAUGGGGGAGGUGAUGGAGGAGGCGGAGGUGGAGAUGGGGAAGAGGAGGAGGAGCUUCGACGAGCAGUGCAUGUGCCCGCUGUCGCAGAAGUGCAUGACAGACCCAGUGGUGGCAGCAGACGGCUUCACAUACGAGCGCAGCAGCAUUGAGCGCUGGCUUCUCACCAACUCUGUCUCGCCACGCACUGGCCAGCCCCUCCCCCACAAGCACCUCACACCCAACCACACGCUCAAGCUGCUGCUGCACAGCCACUAG